AGGUGGAUACGAGCGUACGUUUGUGCGUUUGUGGAUCAGAAAGAACACUGGACGUGGAGUGUAUAUAAGGAGACCACACGAUCGUAUUAGCAUCACAAACAAUAUUUCUUCCUUGAAGCUACCAUCGGUGGACAUCAGACAACUUCAACAUGUUCAAGAUAGCAUGCACGUUUAUAUUUUUGGGCAUGGCCAUGGCUCUGCCCCGUCCGGACAGCCCUCCGGUGUAUGCCCCACCAGCACCAUCAUAUUCUGCACCCCAUCAGCCAACUUACCAAGAAGAAGAAUCCAAGAAGCCCUACACCUUUGAUUACGGCGUCAAGGACGACUACACCGGCGCAAGCUUCGGACACAAGGAGAACGCAGACGGACAAGGAUCUGUAACCGGCUCCUAUUCAGUUGCUCUCCCCGACGGCAGGAUACAGACCGUCAACUACAUUGCUGAUCACCAUAACGGCUUCCAUGCCGAUGUCACCUACGAAGGCCAAGCCGUAUAUCCAGAGCAGCAACAGCCGUCCUACCAGCCGGCACCGGCUGCCUAUGCACCACCGGCGCCUUCGCCUUAUGCAUAAAUUGACAACGACUUCUAGUGAUACGCUUCCAAAACAGUUCCUCGCGCAUCCUUUGGUCACUGCAUUUAUGCCCCUGGCGUACCUCAACUCCGAAAAUAAACCAAUCACAUAAUACGUAUUAACUGUAGGUACUGUGAAGCUUGUUGAGUGAAUAAAUUUGUUUUGUUAUUGUUUGAUUGUUGUGAAAUACUGUCUGGUGAUUUUAUGGUAUGCGACAGAAACUGUAGAAUGUCCUAGGACGAUGCCCAAUCACCUCCCUCAUCUGCAUUCACCCGUAAUAACCGGCCAUUGUACCUUAAAUGAUUCCUUAAAACCAUUCAACCCAAUCCCUCCUAUUAUAUCUAAUUAUAUGCUUUUAUAUCGCACCUGAUUAUAAGCGGCUCUUCAUUAUUUGUAAAGACACCUUGUGUUCUACCAGGUAAAUUCUGAAUGUAAUAGAUCUCAUGCACUCCUGCUAAGAAAGCAAGAGGAAUAAUAAAUAAAAUAUUUUGCAGUAAGAAAACACACGUCUAACCUAACCUGUCUGAAAGCUGUAUAAUAUGUUGGCUACAACUGCAGUGGUUAGGUAUUGUUGAACUAAAUACUUUCCAAUUUUACACUGGAGACUUUAUGUCAGAAGUUCGUUUCACUCCCAAAACCCUUUUUAUUUUUCUAAUAAAAGUUCGCAUAACAA